CGGCCCGCGGCCCCGCCUACAGCCUCGCCUCCGGCUUCGCCUACAGCUUCGCCGACGCCGACAGACUCGCCGACGGCUGGCGGCCCGCCGGCGCCGCCGCGGCGCGCGGCGGGACUGUGCGCGAGAUCGACCAGCAGACGGCCGGCCGCCGAACAGAGCGCCGGCAGCGGCGCGGCCCUGCCCGACCUCUCGGGGCGCGGGCCGCGCUGGCGCGCCGACAGAAGGCCGGCGCAGCCACUGAGGGCGGCGCCGGCAGCGGCGAG